GCAGGGCUGACAUGCACUACCAUGCCCGGCUUUUAACAGAUAUUUUUAAAACAUGCCUAGUAAGUCAGGAAUGGUUGUGGAGUUGUUCUGCAGGUUCUGAAGCAUGAUAGAGAUUUAGGGGUGGCAUCGUUUUCAUUAAAUACAACUGUCAUCGUGGUCCCUACAGCAGGCAGGUUCUUUUUGAGACUUGUCCUACUAUGUGCCAUAUUCUGGAGACUCAUCCAGCAUGAUCAGGAUAUCAGCCAUAGAAGGAAUGGAGACUUUGUUUCAGCUCCUCUGCAGCUCUGCUAGCUGGGAACAUGGAGGGGAAGAAGGAGGCGCUUAAAAGAGGUCACUGGAAGCAGGCCACUGUGGCUGAGCAAUAGAAAAGCAAUUUAGAAAGCAUGGAAGCCAUGGAUUUCACCCUGGAGGACUGGGAGGAGCUGGAGCUAGAGCUGGAUAAGAGAGACCUGUUCUGGGAUUCCACACUGAGCAACUGCCAGGACCUUUUCUUGCUCAACCCCCCCAAACCCAGCCUGAAUCCCCAACCAGAUGUCAGGGAAGAGCUGGAAGCUACGGUCAGAGGAGGCCUGGGAGCCACAGGCACCGAAGCAACUGAGACCAAGAACUCUCCUUUACAGCAUGGCUUCUUGGAAGAAGGCCUCUCCCAGAUUAUGGAGACAUUGUCCAAGGAGGAACUCAACUUGGAAGCCUGCUUAAGUGAGAGCUGGUUAGAUAGUUUGCUUGGAGAUGCAGAAAGUCUUCCAAGAUCUGACAUUACCAACAAGGAAAGCCCCACAGAUUGCAAGAGUCAUGAAUUUGAGAGCAGCCUCAGUCCUGGGCCUCUCUUUCCCACAGGAGAGGAUGCUGGGAUGUCUGAUAUUCCCACAAAGAACCUCACACCGGUGACACUGAAGGGAUCCAGGAGUGACUUCAGCUUUUACUUAGAACAGAGCCAGAAGGACCCUGUUCAGGGAGAAGAGGAGCUAUAUAAGUGUAGCGAGUGUGGGCGGAGUUUCAGUCAGAGUUACCACCUCCUCCAGCACUGGAUUGUGCAUGUGAGGGAGAACACCCCUUCAUGGCCAGAGGAGGAGAGUGAGCUCAGCCAAGGUGCUUCUCUUCUCCUGCGUCCAGUGACUCAGGCAGGCUACAAACCCCAUGUGUGCCAAGAGUGUGGGAAAAGGUUUAGUCAGAGUAUGUCUCUCCAGUGGCAUCAGAAGGUUCACACUGGAGAAAGCCUGUGCAGAACUCAAUGUGAUAACCUAGAAAGGCCAUCCAAGAGUCAAAGUGCUGAGCCACAAAAGCCGGUGCAGAGUGAAGGUGCAAGCUCAUCAAAAUUCUGUAAAAUUCAAAGUUGGGACCGAGAAAAACCACCUACUAGUGACAGUGACCCAAAAAAACUGCCUGGGGGUCAGGGUGGCGUCAGUGCAUCCGUCCUUCAAACACAUCAGAAAGCUCCUGCAAAGACUAAGUUCUACAGAUGUAAGAAAUGUGGGAAGACAUUCAGCCAGGCCUUCCUUCUAGCUGGACACCUGAAAACCCAUCCUCAGAAGCUCUAUGAGUGUGCUACAUGCCCCGAAGUCUUCCAUAUCCAGAAACAGUUUGUCCAACACCGAAAAACUCACUUUGUAAAAACCGUCUUUGAAUGUCAAGAAUGCAAAAGGAGCUUUAAGCAGAGGUCUUCACUCAUUGAGCACCAGGCUGUUCAUACAGGAGAGAAGCCAUACAAGUGCAGUGAAUGUGGGAAAGCGUUGAGCCACUCCUCCACCCUGAAAAUCCACCAGAGGGCUCACAGUGGAGAGAAGCCUUACACAUGCAGUGAGUGUGGCAAAGCCUUCUGUCGGAGCACGCACCUGAGUGAGCAUCAGCGAAUCCACUCAGGCUACAGACCCUACCAGUGUCCACAGUGCGUCAGGACUUUUAGCCGUCCCUCACAUUUGAUCCAACAUCAGCAGAGUCAUGCCACAGAAAAGCCCUUUGGCUGUGCUGAGUGCAAGGACGCCUUCAGCCAUAGAGAACAGCUAGUACAGCACCGUAAAGUUCAUACCACUGAGCCCCUGUAUGAAUGUGAGCAGUGUGGAGAGCACUUCCUAUGCAGCUCGACUCUCAGCUGCCACCUGAGCAUUCACACCAGAGAAAGUAGAGGCGACAAGGUUUGGGGUCAGAACUCAAAGCACACUGGGAAAGGCUUUAAGUAUAACAAGCGUGGGAAAGCCUCCAAGCACAACACGUAUGUAGGGCAGCAGAAGAGUCACACCCAGGCCACACCCUCUGAGUGUAACCCAUGUGUGAAGAACUACGAUCACAGUGUGCAGCUCGCCUGCCGUCAGAGCAUCCAUGCUGGUGUGAAGCCAGAUGAACACACGGAGCCUGAGAAGUCCGUGCUUAGCACCUCUGUCAGUGAGCAUCUGCCUUCCGGAAGUGAGCCGCCCUUUAAAUGUAACAAGUGCAAAAGGACCUUUAGUCAGAGUGACCAGCUUCUGAGACAUCAGUUGGUUCACUCUGGAGAGAAGCCCUUUAAAUGCGACCACUGUGACAGAGCCUUCAAGCAGAGUAACCACCUUAUUCAGCAUCAGAGAGUUCACACUGUGAAGCGGCACUUUGAGUGCCGUGAGUGUGGGAAAACAUUUCGUCAGAACGCAUGCCUUUCUAAGCAUCAGAAAAUUCACACAGGGGAGAAGCCCUUUAAAUGUGCUGACUGUGGGAAAGCCUUCAUCUUGAGUACCCAACUCAUCCGACACCAGAGGAUUCACACUGGGGAAAAGCCUUAUGUUUGUCAGGAGUGUGGCAAGGCCUUCAACCAGAGCUCCUGCCUUAUCCUUCACCGUAGAGUUCACACCGGUGAGAAGCCAUACCCAUGUAGCAAAUGUGGGAAAGCCUUUUCCCAGAAAGCAAAUCAAAGGAAGCAUGAGAGGAUUCACAGUGGAGAAAAGCCUUAUACCUGCGAUGUGUGUGGUAAAGCCUUUGGCUCAAGCACUCAUCUCAGUCAACACCAGAGAAUUCACACCCAGGAGAAACCACGCUGUCAAGAUUGUCACAAAGCCUUUUACAGCUGCUCUGCUCUUAACAGACAUCAGCACCUUCACACUUGUAAAGGAGUAGCUCCGCCCAGAGCCACUUAGUGACAGCUGAGUCCCAUACAUGUGAAGUCACUCAUACAAAGUCAGCCACUGAAACCAACACACUGGAAACCUCCCCUCCCAGUAAGUCCUAAUAAAAGUGCAUG